GCGAGAGCUCAGUACACCGAGUAGUACCUGACGAGGCCACAUCGCGCGAGUCUAUCGAACGCAGAGAGAAAGAAACAGAGCGCGAGACUAAAGGGUUUGUGUUUAUUCAUCUCCGCACAAAAUCAGCCGUUAUAUCCGGAGAGGGUCGCCGCAGCGUGGAGAGGGAACAAGGGAUUUGAUCUGCACCGUUAUUUUUUCUUUUGUGUUUCCCUUUUUUCUUUUUUUUUUUUCCCUGGGGAAGGAUUGUGAGGGUUUGUGUGCAAAGAUGAUGGUCGGGGAGAUGGAGGUGAAGGAGAGACCGAGGCCGAGUCCUGACUAUCUCAUGCAGUUACUGAACGAGAAGAAGCUCAUGACGAGUUUACCAAACCUGUGCGGCAUCUUCACACACCUGGAGAGACUCCUGGACGAAGAGAUAACCAGAGUGAGAAAAGACAUGUACAACGACACAGUGAACGGUCUGGUGGACAAGCACCCACUGGAGUUACCAGAACCAGUGGGACCCAUUGUACAUCUGCUGGAGAAACUCUUCGUACCAGUCAAAGAGUACCCAGAUUAUAAUUUUGUGGGGAGGAUUCUUGGCCCUCGUGGACUCACAGCGAAGCAGCUGGAGGCAGAGACUGGCUGCAAGAUCAUGGUAAGAGGAAGGAGCUCCAUGAGAGACAGAAAGAAGGAGGAGCAAAACAGAGGCAAGCCAAACUGGGAGCACCUAAAUGAAGAGCUGCAUGUGCUGAUCACAGUGGAGGACACACAAACACGUGCCGAGAUCAAGAUGAGAAGAGCUGUCGAAGAGGUCAAGAAGCUACUGGUGCCCGCAGCAGAAGGAGAAGAUAAUCUGAAGAAGAUGCAGCUGAUGGAGCUGGCCAUUUUAAACGGAACAUACAGAGACACCAACAUCAAAGCGCCCACCCUUGCGUUCUCUCUUGCAGCAGCGGCAGCAGCUGCUCAAGGUCAGCGGCUUAUCGCGGCCCCUGCGGGUCAGGUCCUCCCCCCGGCUGCCCUCAGGCCCCCAACUCCAGCAGGGACCCCUAUCAUGAACAUCAUCAGACCCACUCAGAUGGCCACCAUGCUACCCAAUGGCACCCCAACCCUGGUGCCCCCAUCGCCCGAUGCGGGCAUUAUCUACACUACACCCUAUGACUACCCUUAUGCCUUGGCGCCCACGUCUCUGCUGGAAUAUCCCAUCGAGCACAGCGGAGUCCUAGGUAAGCUGGCGUGGGGGCUUGGCACUUCACCCUUCUUUGCCCCGCAAGAGGGCACUGCCAGGGGGUUUUACGGGGGCGCGUUUGAUGGGGCGUCACCCCACCCCAUUCAGGACUCACUGAAAGGUGCAAUGGCUACUAAAGUGCGGAGACAUGAUUCACGGGUCCAUCCUUACCAAAGGAUAGUGACCGCAGACAGAGCCGCCACCGGCAACUAACAAAUGACCUCUGAACUCUUCACCCAAUGAUGAGCGCCCAAGCCUGCCUGCUGAUCAGAUUAACUGGUAAUUGCCUUUUGCUAGCCUGGUGGACGCAGAGAGAGAGGCACCUGUCCGAGCAGUGAUCCUAACACAAACCUACAUUAAACACAACAACCCUCCAUACCAACACAUGUAGCGAUAAUGACUAUGAUACUCUAUUAUUUUAUAAAUGAGUUAUGACCUUUUUUAAAUUUGUUUCUUUCUUUUUCUUUUUUAAAUUACAAACGAUUGGGUGGAUGUUAACAGCGAUGUUGCGUUACCCGAUAAUCUGCACUGACGUUUAAAAGCAAUAAAGACGUGUCUUCUGCUAAUUUAACCCUUAAAUACAUUUAUACUCACAAUUAAAUCCAAUAAAAAAAAAAGUAAAAUAUAUAUAUAUAUAUAUAUAUAUAUAUAUAUAUACACACACACACACACACACACACACACACACACACAUUCGGUGACCCUUAAUUUAUAAAUCAUAACGCUAAACAGGGCAUCAUGAUCCAGAUCAUGUUUGUCCGCUACCACUAAAAAACAGUGUUUUACCCCACCCAAAUGUUGAUAGUCACUAUGAAUCAACAAAAGAAAAAGAAGGAAAGAAAUCCACACUCACACCAACUUGUGAAUUUUCUGUCCUUCUCUGAUGUAAUGCUGUUUUUUCAGUUGAUACAUUUUUACUGUGCUGACACAUUCUGGGUGUGCCUGUCCAGCUGAUUUAGAGCAUGGCUACAAUGACAGACUGCAAAAAGCUUGUUUUGAUUUUUCCUUUGUUCUGUAACUUCUCCUAGAUUGUUGUUGUUUUUAUUUUUUUUUAUUAUUAUUAUUAUGUUUUCAUGUAUCUUAUUAAUAGUGUUUGGCAAUACUUGCAGGUUUAUACAUGCUGCUCAUUGCUGGAUUUGUGCCAGCUCAGUAGGGGGCAGUAAGCAGAGUCAGGCAGGGCAAUAGGGGUGUGUUUUUAACAGGAGAGAUUAGGGUGAAGGGUUUUUGGGGUAAAUUUAAGUCUAGCAUAAUUCAGGGUUGGAAAGCUGGGAAAUGAACCGGAAUCCGUUUACUCAACUAUGCCAUCCCAAAAACUCAAUCUCCACAUACAGUGCCUGAACUUUCUAGAAAUCUUUCUGAAUGAGCUGUGAGAAAAAAAAAAAAAGUAUUAUGUGUGUGCAUUUAGCCAAAGGGUUUUCAUUUAAUGAAUUUACAUACAUGUAUCUAACCGCCAAGGGUUCUAUAAUUUUAGGAUAGAGUUUGAAAUGGUUUUAUGUUAUGCCUGUAUCUGUUUAUUAUAGCGAAUCAAAUAUGGAUGAAAUUAUGAAUUUUCCCAAAAGAUGCUAAUUUUCUUGGAUGUGCGAAAGCAAUGAACACUAAGGAAGAUAAAUGAAGUAGACCGGACGGGGGAGGGCUUAACCUCUCACUGGUGUUUGUACACACUUUUUUGGUUUUCUGUUGUUCUGCAUUCUUCUUAUUAUAUCCUUUUUUUCUUUUCUUUUUUUUUUUUUAAGAUUGAUUUUCAGAAGCCAAGUUCUCUCCCCCGUCCCACCUUACAGUUGAGCUUAACAACAAUGCAGGUGUUCUUUAAAGACCUUCAUCAACUUUUGUCAAAUUCAUAAUGCAAGCUGAUUUGUUUUUCUAGCCCUCAAAACACUUAAAUCAAAUAGCCCAUCCACAAUGUGUCCUGCACACCCCCAGUUACUGAGCCCACUCUCAUUUCUAUACACCCUCUCAAGAAAACAUAGGAUGUGAAAGCCAUGUCUGCCUGUUCAAAUUGCUUUAUACAUACAUGAUAUAUAUUAAAAAUGUAUAAAUGUAGAUAUGUCUUUGCAUAUAAAAAUACAGAAAGAUCAAAAUUAGAUACUUUUACAGGGUGCUGGAAAACAAAUAUAUAUUUUUGGCAAUUAUAGCUUUUUAUACUUGCAGUUACAAAAUAUGAAACAUAAUACUCAUAUAUAUAUAUAUAUAUAUAUAUAUAUAUAUAUUUAUAUAUUAGUUAGUAGAAUAGUAAAGCAAAUGGUGGUCAAGAAAUGUUGUGACUAUGGAUACUAUUGGUCAGAGGAAAAACAAACGGACCAAAAUAGUCAAAUAUUGAGAAUGUUUGAAAAAUUGAAUGGUGAGAAGUAAUCAGAGUAUAUUUAAGGAAAUUAAGUGCCUUACUGGUGGUCGUUUCUUUUUCCAAGUGUUACAUUCUGUUCAAUAAUAUCCAGCACCAACUAGUAUAGGGUGGGGGGGGGGGGGUGUUUGUGAUGAGAAAGCACCCCAAGAGUUAAACCAACAGGCUGUUGCAGUGUGCCACUGAAACUAUUCUAUGCAAAGGAAGAGCAGUCAUUUGACCAGCUAACUAUGUGCCAUGAUUUGUCUUCCCAAAAUUACAUUUUUUUUUUUUUCUCCUUUAAUUCCCAUUUGAACAAAGUGUUUUAUUUUCUCUUUAUUUGAUUGCAUUAUAUUCUUAUAUAUUAUGAGGACAAGAUCAGCAAUGCUGUCCAUGUAAUAAAUUACUGUGAUUUUUGUCAAGAACAACUGCCAAUCAUGAUGUGGAAGUCUGCCUGGUGUUAUGUUUGGGAAGGGAGAUUUCUUAACUGAAUUCAAUUUGAGGAUUGGACUUCAUCUGAAACCUCUCCUUGUUUCAAGAUUUGCAAACUGCAAAAUUUCAGUCAUUGCCUUUUUUUCCUGAGAAAGUACAUCAAGUUAAAGUAUAUCAAGUAUUUUUCUCACUUUGAAAAAGGCCUCCCUGGUUUUCCAGAACAAAUAGAUGCAGCCUUACAGUGUACUGAUCUGGGAAGGGGAAAUAAAAAUGCAGUGAGUAAAAAUAUCUCAUGUCUUUUAAAGUAUUACUGAAAGGAGGGUUGCAGGGAUAUUCAUCUGUUGGCGCAUUAGUGUCAGAGCAGUGCCAAAUCUUAUACGGUCACAGAGCCACAGUAUCAAAAUCACACGCUGAAGAUCAGGCCUCUCAAGUGGCGCGCCAUCGUUACCAAACAGUUUUCAAUCAUUGAAACAACUGGGGGUGUUCAUCACUUUAAAAACGAUGGAAAAAAGAUAGCAUUCAAGUUUUCUUUACUGUAAUCUUGGCAGUCACUGGUGUAGUCUGUAGAUCACUUUGUUACACAAGAAAGGUCAAUUUUUUUUUUUUUUUCUUUUCUCAGUAUUAGAAACCUGUUUUAAGCUUAUUGAAAUAAUGAAAUGCAAUAUUAGAAAGGAGUAGAGAAAUGGACAGUAUUAAAUAAAUCCCCUCUGCCAUGUUACUACAUGCUGUUAAUGUUUUGGAGUUGGGUUAGUCUUUUAGGUGAAUGGAGAAAUCUGUCGAAUUCUCUUCCGCCUGCCUUCUACAUGUGUAAUAAUGUAAAUUACAGCCAUUGUUACAGGUUUCUAAUGUAUUUUUCUAACUUCAUUUUAUAUGUACAAUUUCUUUUUUUUUUUUUUAAAUCUCCUUUUGUGAUUAAGCCCAAUACAUUUAUUUUUUAUUUUUUCCAUGUCCUCUCUCCCUCCCUCACGGCCCACCCUUUACUCAGAUCUGUCUCAUUGGGAGCAUUGCCUUUUCCUACAGUUUUGUUUUCUUGCUGAUUCUUAGCUUGUUUAACUCAUUAGCAACGUAAUAGAUUCUCUUGUCAUAGGUAUUUUACAUGCUUGCAUUUAGUUUUUAUGGUGUAUGCUGUUAUUUUUUCUUAUUAACCUCCUUGGCAUUUAUUUUAAUAAAACAUUCUUAGUAAGAAUUUUACUAA